AAAUAUAUGGGGAAUAUUUUCAAAAGGCAUCGAUACUCGCAGAAAGAGAAGCUGCUUUCUUUUUCCUUUAUGCGUCAUUUAGCCUUUUCUCUCUAAUUUUCCAAACUCUCAAACUCAGUCUCUCCGUAAAAUUCCCAAUUUGUUUGAAGGUUUGUUCUGAUUUUGGCUAACAAAUGGCAGAGGAAGUGAAGCUGUUGGAUUUCUGGCCCAGCAUGUUUGGUAUGCGAGUUAGAAUUGCUCUAGCCGAGAAGGGCGUGGCCUAUGAGUACUUGGAACAAGAUCUCAGGAAUAAGAGCCCUUUGCUUCUUGAAAUGAACCCGAUUCACAAGAAAAUCCCUGUUCUUAUUCAUAAUGGAAAACCCAUUUGUGAAUCUUCCAUUAUUGUUCAGUAUAUUGAUGAAUUUUGGAAUGAUAAAGCUCCUUUGUUGCCAUCUGAUCCUUAUGAGAGAUCUCAGGCCAGAUUUUGGGUUGAUUUCAUCGAUAAGAAGCUUUAUGAAAGUGGGAAGAAGAUAUAUGCGAAAAAGGGAGAGGAGCAAGAGGAAGGGAAGAAGGAGGUGAUAGGAAUAUUAAAGCAACUAGAAGAAGUUCUUGGGGAGAAGGCUUACUUUGGAGGUGAAUGUUUUGGAGUUUUAGACAUUGCUUUGAUUGGAUUCUCCUCAUGGUUUAGUGGCUAUGAGACCAUUGGGAAUUUCAGCAUUGAGGCUGAGUGUCCAAAGAUAAUGAGUUGGGUCAAGAGAUGCUUACAAAAGGAGAGUGUUGCUAAGUCUCUGCCCGACUCUAAAAAGGUUGAAGACAAGGAUAGCACGCACGCCCAAAUGUUUUCAAUGAUGAUACAUCAAUCGAUUUUCUUAAUAGCAUUUCAACUGGAGACUUUGACAAGCUUGGACCCAAUCCCACAACUCUGUCUAAAGCUCCAAGAGGAUAGUGGGAAAGACUUUGAGGUGGUUCAUGGUGAUCUCUGGUGAAGAUUGCUGCUGUACAAUCAAGUUCUUGGAGAGUUCUUCAAAGGAAGACCAUUAAUAAGAUAUAGGGCAGUCUGAAAGGCAUCCCACCAUAGGUAUAAAGGUAGUAAUGCUGGAGUAAGAAAGGUUAAGCCAGCUUCUACAAUAUGACGGUGCUUGCGUUCAGCCCUGCCAUUUUGAGACGAGGUAUAUGGACAUGAAUAUAGAGCACAUUUUGAAAAGUUAAUAAAGCAUGACCAUUUGUUAGUUUGGAGUUACCAACAUGAGAUAUAUUAAGUUCACUUUCAUCUCCUACAGUUACAAGAUCAGUACCUGUGUAUUCGAUUGGAUUAGCUAGAGAGUUGUAAUCUGAUGUAACAUAGUUGGAUGUUCCACUAUCUGCAUACCAGUUAGGGUCUAGCACAGUUUCUGGUUGAGCAAAGAUUGGAUAGGUGUUCUGAUUAGCCAUGAAGGCAACAUGGGGAGGGAAAGAAGGGUUGCCAUGUGACCCUCAAUUAUUUCCUCCUUUGUUUGAGUUCACAUUGGGUACAAAUUCUCGAUAAUACCUGUGAUAACAAUAGUCUGCAGAGUGACCAUAUUUUCGACAUACCUGACAUGUUGGUUUGUUUCCAUGACCACGACCACGACCUCUGUUUGGAGUUCUACUUCCUCUUGAGAAGCGACCAUUUCGGUUUUGUUCAUUAUUGUUUCUAAUCCUCUGUGAUCGUUGGUUGUCACUGUGAUUUUGAUUGUUCACCAUAUUAAUUGAUGUGUUAUGGUUGACUUCAUUAGCAGGAUUGGAGUUUACAGCCACUCUUUGAGUGUUUUAAUGGUCUAACCUCUUUUCAAACACAAGUAGUUCAGUUUGCAUAUCUAAUCAAGAGAUAUAUGACCGUCCUUGAAUGGUUGCUGCAACUGGAUUGUUCUCCUAUUCCAGGCCUAGCAGUACCUUUUCAGGUUUGGAAAGUUUGUUUGAGAAAAUCUUCCUCUGCCCCUGACUGAACGCCAAACAAGCUCUGAAUAGUUUCCCAUAAGUCAUUUAAGGUCUCAUAGCCCAUCACUUAUGUUGCUAUUUCUGGUGUCAUAGAGUUGUAGAGUCACCCUAAAAGUAAUUGAUCAACUACUAACCAUGCUUUAUAUUAAGGUUUGAUGAUAGCUCCUGUUGCAAUCCUCGGAGGGUGGUUGCUUGAGGUUUCCUCAAUUUAUUCAGUAGUAAGAGCUUCUUGAAUUAGUAUGGCUGAGCAUUGGUGGUCGUUGAAUUAGCCUAGUCAUGUAUCCUUCUAGCUUGUACCCACGUAGAUUGGUAGAGCCAUGUUUUUCCAUAGUAUGAAAUUGUUCCGACCUAGCUUUAUUGAGGUGACUUGGUUCAAAAGUUGAUUGACAGGUGGAUUGGUGAAAUUUCUAGUGGCCAUGGUGUUUCAAGUGAAGAGGGGUUAGCCAUAAGGCUCUGAUACCAAAAUAAGAAAAGAAUAACAGAGAAGUAAUUGGGCAGUGAGCUGAAGGAAUUUUCGGUAUGUAUUUUACUUAUCUUACGACUCAUAUGGCCUUACAGUUUAUAUACAACAAAACCCUAAAGUAGGGACAUAAAUGGAAUAAUAAAGAAUAGUUGGAUUUAUAGACGUCAAUAAGAUAUUGGGCUAUAGAAGAUUUUAUAUAACCAACGGGUAAUAGAAAUUAUUCCUUUCUGGAUUGGGUGUGACAUGGCUGAUUUUUUCUUUUUUUCUUUUUCUUUUAUUGCCUUGGUAUUUUGUUGGGUUUGUGCUUCUCUCCUAAUAAUUUGGACAUUAAUUUUUUGAAUUGUUUAAAAUACAAUUUCCAUUUUUUUUGUUAAAAAAAUGGAAGAUCUUAGUUCCAUGGAUUUGCAACCUAUUUUAUUCAAAGUUUAUUAUUCUCUCCCCUACCCUUACCUUCAUGACUCUCCUCUAUCGCCCCCACUGCUCUCUUCAAACAAAAUUCUUGCCCUAAAUUCAAGCGGUUGCGGCACCAAUAUCUUGAACCUCUUUGCAAAAUGUCUCCCUCCUCUUAUUUGCCUGAAAAUGGAAUUUCUUUAAACUCCAGGAAAAUUAAGAAUGUUCAAAUGAUCCGACAACCCGAACAAUCCGAACUAACCAACCUAAAUUGUAAGUGUUAGAUUGAGUUAGUUUUAAUUUUUGGUUGGAUUGGAUUGAAUUUUUAUGUUUUUCGUUUGGGUUUAGGUUGUGUUAAUAUAAAUUCUUUAUAUCUAUAUUGAAUAGAUAAACCCUAGGAUCAUUCAUGU